AAAAAAAAAUAGCCGCUCGCCAAGGCUUAAGGGCCAAUCACAGUUUCUUCACUAGAAAGGUGACAGACGGGAAUCUCUCCAUAAUUUAGGACCUACAGGAUACACGGCCCCUAAAACGAAAGUCUCUUCCGUUGCAUCUCGGGAAUUGUGCCCCGCCGCGAUGCACGAAGGGACUCGUAGUUCUUUCUUACUCCCGACUCCAAAGCCACCUUGGCCUCGUCUUUCCCAGCAAGCUCCGCGCUAGCGUUAGCUGUUGAUUGGCUGCUGCAGGAGCGGGCGGUCUUGCUGGCAGCGGUUACCCGGUUUCCGGUGCUCGGCCAGUGCCAGGGGGGACGCCGUCGGACGUCCAUGGUGAGAUCACAAUGAAGAACCAAGACAAAAAGAAUGGGCCUGCCAAACACUCCACCCCGAAGAGCAGCCCUGGGCAACGGGAAGCAGGAGCAGAGGGAGCCCAGGGACGGCCCAGACAGACAGCUCCUGCGGCGGAAGCUGAAGGUUCCACUAGCCAGACUCCUGGGAAGCCCGAGGGGGCUCAAGCUAAAGCAGCUAAGUCUGGGCCUGUCUGUGAUGUCUCUGAGGAGCUAAGCCGGCAGUUGGAAGACAUUCUGAGUACAUACUGUGUGGACAACAGUCAGGGAGGCCCCGGUGAGGAGGGUGCACAGGGUGAGCCCACUGAGCCAGAAGAUGCAGAGAAGUCCCGAACCUACGCAGCAAGGAAUGGGGAGCCCGAACCAGGGAUUCCAGUAGUCAAUGGCGAGAAGGAGACCUCCAAGGGGGAGCCAGGCACAGAAGAGAGCCGAGCAAGUGAUGAGAUUGGGGACCGAGACCACAGAAGACCACAAGAAAAGAAGAAAGCCAAGGGUCUGGGGAAGGAGAUCACGUUGCUGAUGCAGACACUGAACACGCUCAGUACUCCAGAGGAGAAGCUGGCUGCGCUGUGCAAGAAGUAUGCGGAACUGCUGGAAGAGCACCGAAACUCACAGAAGCAGAUGAAGCUCCUGCAGAAGAAGCAGAGCCAGCUCGUCCAAGAGAAGGACCAUCUCCGUGGUGAGCAUAGCAAGGCUGUCCUUGCCCGAAGCAAGCUUGAGAGCCUGUGCCGAGAGCUGCAGCGACACAACCGCUCCCUCAAGGAAGAAGGUGUGCAGCGAGCCCGUGAGGAGGAGGAGAAACGCAAAGAGGUGACUUCACACUUCCAGGUGACACUGAACGACAUUCAGCUGCAGAUGGAACAGCACAAUGAGCGAAACUCCAAGCUGCGCCAAGAGAAUAUGGAACUGGCGGAGAGGCUCAAGAAGCUGAUUGAGCAAUAUGAACUUCGUGAAGAGCACAUCGACAAAGUCUUCAAACACAAGGACCUGCAGCAGCAGCUGGUGGAUGCCAAGCUCCAACAGGCCCAGGAGAUGCUGAAGGAGGCAGAGGACCGGCACCAGCGGGAGAAGGAGUUUCUCCUGAAAGAAGCAGUGGAGUCCCAGAGGAUGUGCGAGCUGAUGAAGCAGCAGGAGACCCACUUGAAGCAGCAGCUCGCGCUGUACACAGAGAAGUUUGAAGAGUUCCAGAAUACACUUUCCAAGAGCAGCGAAGUGUUCACCACCUUCAAACAGGAAAUGGAAAAGAUGACAAAGAAGAUCAAGAAGCUGGAGAAAGAAACCACCAUGUAUCGAUCCCGGUGGGAGAGCAGCAAUAAGGCCCUGCUUGAGAUGGCUGAAGAGAAAACUCUCCGGGACAAAGAGCUAGAAGGUCUGCAGGUGAAAAUCCAACGACUGGAGAAGCUGUGCCGAGCACUGCAGACAGAACGCAAUGACCUGAACAAGAGGGUACAGGACCUGACUGCUGGUGCCCAGAGCUCCCUCACUGACAUUGGCACUGAGCAAAGGCCGGAGGCUGCCACUACCUCUAAGGAACAGGGUGUUGAGAGUUCUGGGGCUCAACCAUCCAGCUCCCCAAGGGCCACAGAAGUUCCUGGCUGCCCUGGAGCACCAAGCACAGAAAUAGGCCAGACAGGGCCCCGGCAGCCCACCUCUGCCACCGCCUAGAGCUCAUGGUGCUUGGGCGUGCUGGGAAGGGAGCAGCAGCCCGGUCAGGCCUGGUCCAUACAAGGCUCCCACACUGAGCGGCUCAGUGCUGAAGCCAAGGUGUUCUGACCUGGAGGGCAUUGGACACUUGGCAAUUUUUAAAUUGUGAGUUAGUCUUACUUAUGUGGAUGAGGCAGGUGUGCGAGACCUCACGCGGUUCCAUAGUUAACACCUCUAGGUGUACAGUGGGCUUUCAUCACGGGUGGGGUUUGCAGAUGAAGCUGGUGGCUCUACACUGAAGAGUCUUAGAGAUUUCAUCUGAAGCUGCCAUCCCUGUAAGCCAGCAGGUCCAGCGACUUGAACAUUUUCCUGCCUGAUUUUGAGGCUCAGACCCUUCAGCCCUUUGCAGAGCUCAUGACGAGUGGAAAUACCCAGGCCUGGACUCUUCUCUUUUGUAAGCAGAACUUGGGCAGUUUGGGCUCUUGUCACUCCCCUAGAGAUUCUGUUGCUUCUCUUGACCUGGGAAUGGUGUUCCUGGGCAGAGCCUUUGUAGGAAACAACUGGUCCUUGAGCUUCCUCCUGCCUAAGACAAGAAAACUGGUGGGGUGGGCAUGACUGUGUGGGAAGGAGCCCCUUCAGGCUACCAGUUCCCUGCCCUCUGGUAGUGCCACGUCCAGGCCAAUGUUGCGUCUCAGUUCUCAGUAGCCUUAUCAUUCACAGGUGCCUCUAGCCUGCACAAAAGAUUGAUAUAAGGUCACCCAAAGGAUUCUUUUUGGAGGUUUUAUUGUAGUUUUGUUUUGCAUAAGAGUUUGUAUUAAAGAUCUUCAAAGGGUAAGGGAUACACUAGCAAUGGUCCCAGGUGCCUGGCCUCCAGUGCCCCAUUCGGAGCAAACCUAUCAGGGUCCUUUGCCAUGUUAGUGUUGAGGUGUCCUGUUGGGAAGUUAAGGUCAUUAAGAGAAAGGAUGAUGGCCUUGCCACAAACUUGCCUAUGGCUUUCAGCCUGGGAGGCUACCACUAAUUCAUCACCAUCUCCAUGCUGCCAUUGCUGGACCCCAGAUCCAGAUGGUCCUUGGCUUAUGGGCUUUUUUUUUUUCUCCUGCCCCCUCACCCCAGCUCAGAUGAGUGAUUUUUGAGGACAGUGUGAUGCCAUUCCUAGCACCUCUUGGCCAAAAAGUGAGUCCUUGGGAUUUCACCUGUUGCUGCCAGAUCUUCAGGUGACUAGCAGGUCAAGAGUUACUUCUAACAGCAGACUGAUCCCAGGAACCAAACUAGCUGCAGGGAGUUGUGUUUGCCUUCCCUCCUAAUGCCGCUCACGCCUGUGUUCAAGUGGCGGCUCUGCUGAGGUUCUUGUUGCACACCUGCCAGUGUGUUAGCCAAGUUACACGGCAGUUCCCUGGAUCAACAGUGCUUGGAAGCUAACAGCUUCUGUGAGCUAAGUGAGCCAUAGGCCAAGAAUGGAUGAGUUUUGCUUCUUGUUGUAUUUCAACUAUUGCAUUAUCCUGUCAGUUGCUUCAUCUUUCAUGACUAGCAGCCGCUCAGCCCACAUGUACACAUUUAGAAUUGAGUUGGGUGUCUGUAAUCCCAGAGCUCGACAAGAGGCUCAACUUCAGACCAGUCUGGGCUAAGAAGCAGGGCUCCUCGUCAGAAACCAAAAGUACCUAGAACAUUACUGCUUAUAAUCGUGUGUUAAAGACCAGAAAUUGCAAAUCGGUGCCCCUUUCCCCACGCCAGACACUACCACUUCAAGACUCACCACCCUGGCACAUUGUUCACGCAGGGUGCCCAGCAGCUGUGGGGUGUGGAGGCUGUGCCAUCUCCAGCUGGGGUCUGAUGGUGGUGAGAUUUUCCCAAGGAUUUUUCCCCUUGGAAAUGAGUAUUCUCCCUGCUCCUGUAAGGCCUCACAGCUCUUGUGUCAGGCCGAGAUCUGAGCUGUUGGUCCAUGGGGCUUGCCCGGCCUCCUUCCUGUGGCCCAUAGAAUUGGCCUGCCUCACUUCAGCUACCUCUUACAGCCCAUGCAGGGGUUCCAGCGGUCGGGUCUCAGCGUGGUAGGCUAAGAGGCCAUAAUGUAUCUGUAGAACCUUGGCUGUUGGCUCCAUUUCUAGGCACCCAGGACAAUAUCUAGAUGGUGAUCACUUCUUCCCUCCCCUCCGCUGACCAAACCUUAACAGUCACUACAGCUGCUCUGCUUUCCAAAGUCAGCCCAGGAGUCUGGGCCAGCUGCAGGGAGGUGGCCUGUCUGUGAGUGAGGCCAGUACCUCCUCACAUGGGUGAGUCCCGUGCACGUGACCUCAUUUUAGGACCAAGAUCUGUGUUGGUUUAUAAGAUUGUUAGCUUUUUUCUAGAGGACCACAGCGGGUAAGAUUUAGAGCCCAGGGCCCUUGGCUAUGCCAAUAUUUAGGUCCUUGUCCAGCUGAAAUCUUCAUGUAUACUAUGUCAGAAGCACUUUUUUUUUUUUUUAAAUCUUUGUUUUCCAUUUGGUUUUUGGACCAUGGGCAGAGCUCAGGCACUUUGUGUGAGAAUGUUGUUUCUGUAAAGAUGGUUAUUUAACUCUCCCUGGUCCCCACCUUGUUAGCUCUACUGAGGGCUGACCAGAGGCCAGUGGAGCUGCCUGGGUGUCUGCAGGGAGGCUGAGGCCUGCUGAGUGCUGGCCCAGCCCUCCUGCCUUAGUAGCAUGGGUGGGUCACCAGGCACCUGGUUGCCCCUCUUGACCAGCUUGGGAUAAGAGGGCCACCUCUGUCCCCAUAAUUGCUUUCCUCUGCUACCCACACUUGUUUGAGUUUGUGCUGACAGGUUUUUCUUUUUCUCGUAGAUUUUUUUUUCCUUCCAAGUCUACUUUUCGUAUUCACAACAGCCAGGGACUUGAUAUCGAUGUAUUUUACACCACAUUAAAUAGUCUGUUGCCUUA